ACAUUAGCCCCAACCAAUCAAAAUCGUCUCUCCCGUUCUCCGGCGACUCUUCGUCGUCCACCUGAGUCAUGGCCACGUGGAACGCUUCCUCCCCUAAGGCGUCUCCUUGCUCAUCCAGGCGACGGACGAAAGCUCCAGCGAGACGCCCUUCCUCCGAAUCUCCACCACCGAGGAAGAUGAAAUCAAUGGCUGAGAUAAUGGCGAAAUCUGUCCCUGUGAUUGAACAAGAAGAAGAAGAAGACGAAGACAGCUACAGUGACGUCACCUGCGAGAAAUGCGGCUCCGGAGAAGGAGACGAUGAGCUUCUUCUCUGUGACAAAUGCGAUAGAGGGUUUCACAUGAAAUGCCUUAGACCGAUCGUUGUUCGUGUCCCCAUUGGACCUUGGCUUUGUGUCGAUUGUUCCGACCAACGACCUGUAAGAAGGUUAUCUCAGAAGAAGAUUUUGCAUUUCUUUCGGAUUGAGAAGCAAACUCAUCGAACAGACAAAUUGGAAUUGAGUCAAGAAACUAGAAAGCGGAGACGAUCUUGCUCUUUGACAGUGAAAAAGAGAAGGAGAAAACUCUUACCUUUGGUUCCAUCAGAAGAUCCUGAUCGUAGGCUUGCACAAAUGGGCACACUUGCUACUGCAUUAACGGCAUUGGGUAUUAAAUACAGCGACGGCUUAAAUUAUGUUCCCGGAAUGGCUCCUCGGUCUGCAAAUCAAUCCAAGUUCGAGAAAGGUGGGAUGCAGGUGCUAUCAAAAGAAGAUUUAGAGACAUUGGAACAAUGUCAAUCUAUGUAUAGACGAGGAGAAUGCCCUCCUCUCGUUGUGGUAUUCGAUCCGCUUGAAGGUUACACAGUUGAAGCAGAUGGUCCUAUAAAGGACUUAACAUUCAUAGCUGAAUAUACAGGGGAUGUUGAUUACUUAAAAAACCGAGAAAAAGACGAUUGUGACAGCAUCAUGACUCUCCUUUUAUCAGAAGAUCCUUCAAAGACUCUUGUUAUCUGUCCCGACAAGUUUGGAAACAUAUCUCGCUUCAUUAAUGGCAUCAACAAUCACAAUCCGUUUGCUAAGAAGAAGCAGAACUGCAAAUGCGUGAGGUAUAGCAUAAACGGCGAAUGUCGAGUUCUUCUAGUUGCUACACGCGAUAUAUCGAAAGGGGAAAGACUCUAUUAUGACUACAAUGGUUAUGAACAUGAAAAAUUUCCAACGAGAGAAAUGGCUAGUAACCCUGAUUUUCUUUGGUGCAAAGAAGAGAGGAAGCAGGAAAGCUUCGUCAAACUUCUUAAGCAUUUCGACAUGUCUUCAGAGAACACGCGAGCAAUUCCUUACGACUUUGUGAGAAACUUUUCUGACAAUGAGCUCUCCGGAAACAUGAAGAUAAGAGUGCAAUGGGGAAACUCUUGGGAAGUAAAAAUCUCCAAGAACCCGAGGUUCUACUUCAUGGAGAAGUCUGGAUGGGAGACGUUUGUGAGAGACAAUGCCUUGGGAGACUACGAGUUUCUUACCUUCACUCACACAGGAAAGAUGAGCUUCACUGUGAAAAUCUUCAACAAAGAUGGCAAGGAGAUGAUGCAACCUCCACAAUCCAGAGCCUUUUUGGCUUCUUCUAGUCGUGUUAAAACAGAACAAGAUGUCAAGAGGGAAGAGGUGUUGGUGUCUUCUGACUCGAGUUCUUGUGGCCCGACAACAGCAACUGUAUCUAAUGGUAAUGGAGAAGGCAUGUACAAAAGGAAGCUCAACUUUGGGAAGAAGAAAGCUGAGGAAACCCAAAAUUCCAAGAGGACUGAGAGAGUGGUUGGUAGAGUUUAUGCAGGCGAACCUUCCUCUUCUGUUGCAGGAUUCAACAUCUUUAUCUCGAAAUCAUACAUCAAAUCUCUGGCGAUCCCGACAACUUUUGCAAAUGAUUAUAUGCCGAAGGAGAAAACAAUGGUCAAGAUCCAUCAUCCAGAUGGGAAGAAGUCAUGGAAUGUUGCUUUUGUGGUAAAAAAGAAGGGUCACAUUUUCUCUGGUGGAUGGAAACGUUUGUGUAGGGAGUAUCCUGUUGUUUUUGGGGACACUUGCAAAUUCACACUCAUCAAACCACACGAGCUGCUUCUAGUUGUCUCGAAGCCAUAAGAGAGAAGAACUCACAGGUGUCUUGGAGAACAAGCAACUGAAGUAAACUACUUCUAUGUUUAAUGGUGUUAUGUCAUGACUUAGUUCAGUUUUAGUUUGGUAUGUAAACUUUUCUGUAGCUUUCAUAUCUUUAGGACCAAUUACAAUUUGUUUGGUGUUUCCGUGAGACCUUACUCUGCUUUCUCUUGUCUUAGUAAUCAUAUUGAGCAACCAAAAUCUGUUGGU